AUGGCCCUGAAAUUGUAUGUGGAUCGGAUGUCCCAGCCUUCUCGUGCAAUUCUUACCUUCUGCAAGGUAAACGGGAUCGAUUUUGAAGAGGUGAAGAUUCAACUCGCCAAAGGACAGAAUUUUUCUCCUGAAUAUGCAGAGGUAAAUCCCAUGAAACAAGUUCCGGCAUUAGUGCAUGGAGAUUUCAAGCUUUUUGAGAGUCAUGCCAUACUCAUCUAUCUAGCUUCGGCAUUUUCUGGAGUUGCGGAUCACUGGUAUCCGGCUGAUCUUCAAAAAAGAGCAAAGAUCCACUCGGUGCUCGACUGGCAUCACUCUAAUUUGCGACGUGGCUCAGCUACGUAUAUCUUUAAUUCCCUUAUCGCACUUGCGUUCGGGCUGCCUUUGAACCUGGAAAAAGCAGCUGAAGGUGAGAAAAUUCUGAUAGCAUCUCUUGCGAAGAUCGAGUCCUUUUGGCUCCAGGACGAUGGCCCAUUUUUGCUCGGAAACUCUCAACCUUCCAUAGCAGAUCUUAGUUUAGUGUGUGAAGUCAUGCAACUUGAGGUUGUUGAAACGAAGGAUCGUGAUCGCAUUUUAGGCCCUCAUAAAAGAAUUCUGAAGUGGGUCGAGGAUACGAAGAAUGCUGCUGCACCUCAUUUUGAGGAGAUACAUUCUAUAAUGUCCCCAGCCAAAGAUGCGCUACUGAAUCUGAAGUCCAUGGCAGCUAAAAAGGAGGCAGAAUCUCCUGGGAAGCUUGCUUAA